AUGGCUUCCGACAGCUACGACUAUAUUAUUGUUGGAGGCGGCCUAGCGGGCCUUGUCCUUGCUGCACGACUUUCCGAAGAUCCUAAUACCAGCGUUCUUGUGAUUGAAGCCGGGGAAGAUAUGAGGGAUGACGCCAUGGUAAAGAAUCCUUCUAUGUGGCCGCAACUUCUUGGCUCAGGAGCAUCGUGGAAUUUUAAGACUGCCCCUCAGGAGGGACUUGGCGGUCGCGAAAUCAACUUUCCUCAAGGGCGUCUUGUUGGCGGAUCGAGUGCCGUAAAUGGUCUUAUGUUCUUCGAGACAUCCAAAGCAGAUAUUGGUGCAUGGGCGGACUUAGGGAACCCAGGAUGGGAAUCAUCGAAUUUCUCCAAAGCUCUCAAGAGAGCAUAUAGUGCGGUUCUUCCAUCUAAGGAGAUAAAGGGGGACGGUCCGCUUCAAUUGGCAUUUCCCGACGAAGAUAACGGAUGGCCACAAGUUUGGAGAGACACGCUAAGUGCACUUGGAUUCCCGACGGCCAACGACCCCUUUUCCGACCAGGUAUACGGCAGUGUUACAAUUCCUGAUUCCAUACGCAAUCCUACGAAGGAAAGGAGCUUUUCCGGAAAUGCACACUUCGAGCCAGCAGUGAAUCGGCCGAACCUAACUCUGUGGUCCUGCACCUUGGUAGAAAAGAUUAUUUUUGAGAAAGGCGACAAAGUAACCGCAACUGGAAUUCGGUAUACUAAAGGAGGAGAAUCACAGACCGUGAACGCCCAAAAGGAAAUACUAAUUACGGCCGGGGCCAUUAAUUCGCCCAAACUGCUUGAGCUUUCGGGCAUAGGCGAUAAAGCCUUGCUGGAGUCACUUGGCAUCGAUGUCGUUAUCGACAACCCAUGCGUUGGCGAAAACCUACAAAAUCAUCCUAUAUGCUAUAUUAACUUUCAGGUUCUAGAUGAAGAGGGCUUCGAGACAGUAGACAAACUUGCACAGGGUGACCCAGAUGCCCUUGCGGCUGCUAUCGAAGCCUAUUCCAACCACACCGGUCCUUUGUCUAGAAGUGGUGCUAAUCAUGCCGCAUACCUUCCGUUCCCUGGCAUCAAAACUGAAAGCGGAGCACAAACUGUCUCGAAAAUCCUAGAGAUAAUAGGCUCUGAGACCCACACAGACAAGGUGCCAGCAGCGUUUACGAAGAAGCACGAAUCAUUCGUGCGCUCUGUGCUUCUUUCGCAAACAGAGGCUUCUUGCACUUACCUCUCGAUACCUGGCUUUGGUAGAAACAAUCCUGAUGGGUCAAGGACAUCUAUGCCACAAUCUCAGGACGGAGAAAGGUAUUUCACAGUCGCUCUGCUCCUUGAUCAUCCACUCUCGCGGGGUUCAGUACAUAUCGAAUCUGCAUCCAGUUCGGCGUCUCCCAUCGUCGACCCUAAAUACCUUACACACCCUCUCGAUGUGGAGGUUCUAGCACACCAUCUACGGUUCAUAGAAUCACUGAUUUCUACAGAGCCACUAGCGAGCCACAUCAAGUCAGAUGGCAAACGCAACCCGGCCUUCUCGCUUGAAAAUUUGGAUAAUGCGCGCAACUACGCGCGCGACACCGCUGUAGGAGCCAUCCACUUCACUGGUACUUGUUCAAUGAUGCCGCGGGAUAUGGGCGGUGUUGUUAGUCCCGAGUUACGUGUUUACGGCUGCUCGAACCUGCGCGUCUGUGACGCUAGCGUUAUCCCUAUAGUUCCUCACGCGGGUACGCAGGCGGCAGUGUAUGGAGUUGCGGAAAUGGCUGCGGAUAUUAUCAAAUCUGGUCGUUGAGGCCCAGUAUAUACGCCAGAGCCACCCUAGGAUAGUUGGUACAGGAC